AGCCUGUCCUACCAGGAGCUCAAAGACCUGAAGAAGGCCAACGUGCUUCACAUUGACGUGCGGGAGAGGUGGGAGAUCGACAGGUUUGGAAAAAUCCCCGAGUCCAUCAACAUACCGCUGGGUGAAUUAACGGAAGCUCUACAAAUGGACCCAACGGAUUUCAAGGAGCAGUAUAAUCAAAAAAUGCCAUCCAAGUCAGACCCUGUGGUUUUCUCCUGUUUGGCAGGAACAAGAAGUAAACAAGCACUUGGUUUUGCCAUGUCCUUGGGUUUCAGCAGAGCUCAGCAUUAUGGUGGUGGCUUUGAUGACUGGGUAAAACAUGAACCUCCAGAAAAGAAAUGAAGAUGACAGCCCCACCCCUUACCCAGUCAAGGCUUCAGGAUGGUUUGGAGGUUUUAGUAAACCACAUGCAUUCUGCUUCCAUAAUAAAGCUCACUCCUGGCUCCUUGUGUAAAUGGACAUUCACCUUCAAACAGCCAUGCAUAGCAACUGCUUGGUUUGAAUUAUACCCAAAGACUAUGACACAAACAGAGGACAUUAAAUUGCUCAACCUUUCAGCCUUUAUUCAGGUUAUGGUUUUGGUGAAUGCAUGUGAAGAGAACCUAAGUGCAAAUUGUGUUUACUUUUUUGUAUAAUGUAGUUUAUGACUGUUUAAACUAAGGAUGAUAAGGCAAAUAAAAUUAUUAUUUCUCAAAUACCUGUGUUGGGAAGUUGGUUUAAAAUAGUCAAACUGCAGAUAUUCUAGUAUCAAGGGGUCAGGGGGACAACAGAAACCUGCUGCUGGCUCUGUUGUGCCAGGCCUCACCAGGACUAACAAUGCCUUUUGAAGAUCAUUAGGGUCAGAGUGUCUAGAGGAUUUCAUGAUUUAGUUAAAUGUACAAUUCAUCAUGCUUAGCUGUAUUGAUAAGCCACCAGACUUCAGCAUACAAAUGAAUAAAGCCAGGCACUCCAAUCAACUUAGUCAGUACUUAGUCAUGAGCAGCCAAUGCUUCCUUUUGUAGCUAAAUUAAUGUUUCUUGGGAACACCUAAAACUACAUAACCACAAAAAAAUAAACAAGUUAUUCUGUGUUACCCCAAGAUCUAUCUAGCCCAUUAUUUUCUGUUUGGCAGCAACUGGUAAUAAACAUCUGAGGAAAAGUAUAAAAGCAGGAUUAGUAUGUAGUGGUACAAUCUCCAGAUUACUCUCAUUUACAACUCAGAGUGCUCCAGGCUUUGCAUGUCUCAGUAUAUUUGGGUAUUUGUAAGUUUUCAACAGAAACUCCCAUCAGACAGAGCAGUGGUGAGAAAUCUUUCCUUUUGUUGCUUCCCAACUUGUCAUGUAUUCAUCAGCUGCUCUGGCUCCUUCUGUCUGAAGUGAGCAGUUGUCACCUAUCAGUCUUCUCACCACCUGUGAUUUUUCUACACCUAUUGUCUAUUCUGAACUGAGUAGCUGUGGGUUGUUUUUUUUUAAUAAUUGGAAAAUUACUGUAUCCCUCUUUUUUAUUUUCCCUUUUUAUUAAUCAUGGUAGUUUUUAUGCAAGAUGUUUCUCAAACUAUUUGUAGCUUUUGAAAUUAGAUGAUCCUUUCUAAUUUGCUUUCCAAAUGAUUGGGUUUGAGUUAAAUACCUUGUCUGAUCCAGUUUCUUUCCUUUGGGAUUUUUCUUUAAGUCUUUUUGGCAUAGAUGGCUUGUGUUUGCUUUGACACUUCAGAGUCACCUGUUGCCAUAUAAUCUGUGAAGAGUUUCAGCUACCUGUCUUUCCACAUUUUUAUGCACCUCUCCUUUGAAGUGAAGCACAAGAAAGGUGAUUUUUAUUCUGCAUGCUUAGUAGCAAGACUGUUGAAUUCACAUUAUGUUCCAUUUCCUGCUGUUCAAAACUACAUCUUUUUAAAACUCUCUUCACUGAAUCCAGCUCUUUUGACUGCACUUUGUUGCCUUUCACUGUUUUUACUGGAAUCAAAGCCUCAUCAUCCCAGUAGAGAAUUGCUUUAAGAAACUUCUAGGUACCAUCAAGAAGUGCCUGACAUUUUAGCUCUGAGAUUUAGGUCCAAUUGUGCUUUAGGUGUGAAGUAAAGUCUGCAAAGACUCUUCAGCAGCAAGAAAAUAUUUAACCACUCUAGCCAGAAUUCUUAAUUAAUUCCCCAAUUCCAAAACAUGAACUUUCCUGGCAGAUUACACGGUAUAUGUGAGAAGACUGAUGCUUACCUAAAGAACAGUUCCUGUUUAAUUACUCCACACAACAAAGGUCAAGUUGCUGUGAUUUAUUUCUGUUCCCCAAGUCCACAUUACAAAUCGCACAUUUUAGACUUCAAGAAAUGAAAGCAAAAUAGCCAAAUUCCACUUCAUCAAUCAAGUGUCUAUAAAAAGUAUGGAUCAAAUGGAAACCAAGUAGCAAAGACCAAAAUGUAUAUUUUUUCCACCUCACCAAAGUAUCUGGGGUUGGUUCACAUAAUGGUUUAUGGAAAUAACCUGAACAGAAAUAAAUGCUAGUAGCCUAAUGGGCUACAUAGAAGAACACUUCAGUUAUAUUUCACUGGAUGACCAGUCAAUUACAAAGACAGGUAUUUGCAAAAACAGCUGGGGAUUUUUUUAAGGGGCCAGUUUUUUGAACCAAGACACAUCACAGAGCACACAUUUUUCAUCUCCCUCCAGGAUUUCAAAGCAGUGAAAUGUGUUGUUCCAGGAAAACAAAAAAAAAAACCAAAA